GCCCGGACGCCUGGGUUCUCUCCUGCCAGUGCCCCUCACUCCUGGCUUGCCCCCCCGGUGCCCCUCACUCCAGCCCCGGUGCUCGGCGCUGUAGAGCUUUAAACCGCGAGGGAGGUGCCGGCACCUGCUGGGGCGGGGCGGGGCGGCAGCAGGAAGCUCGCAGCUUGCCCCGAGCUCAGGCACCAGGAAGCGGCGGGACCCCAGCGGGGUCGCAGGUGACAGGAUGGCAUCGGACCAUGUGCGGGACCUGCAGAGCGAGGUGGAGGGCGUCAAGAGCAUCAUGACACAGAACGUGGAGCGGAUCUUGGCCCGCGGUGAGAACCUGGACCACCUGCGCAACAAGACUGAGGACCUUGAGGCCACCUCGGAGCACUUCAAGACGACAUCGCAGAAGGUGGCACGCAAGUACUGGUGGAAGAACAUCAAGACCAUGGUUAUCAUCGGCCUCAUCGUUGCCAUCAUCCUCAUCCUCAUCAUCCUCUUUGCUACUGGCGUCAUCCCCACCUAGGCCCCCCAGGCCCCACCCCUGGGCUGGGAGGGAUAUUGGGGGCUGAAAUACCCUCCCCCCCCAACUGGGUCAAGUGGGUGGCUGGAAUUGGUGGGGGAGGUACUGGGGGGUGGGAAUUGCCCCAGCUUGGGGGUUUUGGGGGCCUGGAAUUGCUCCUCCAUGCCUUAGAGGAGGGAUGGGGGUAGAAGUGCCCCAGCCUGGGGUAUUGGGGUCCUGGAAUUGCCCUAGCCCUGCUGGAGGGGCAAUGUGGGGCUGAACUACCCCCAAAUUGGGGCAAUUGGGAAACUAGAAUUGCCCCUUCCUUGCUUAGUGGGUAUUGAAGGACUAGAAUUGCCCCAGCCUUGGCAUAUUGGGGUAGAAUUGCCCCCUCCUGGCUGAGGGGGGUAUUGGGGUUUGAAAUUUGGGAGGGGUAUUGUGGGUUGGGGUUCCCAGGCUGAUAUGGGGGGUGGAGAAAUUCACUCUGUGCCUUUUAAUAAGGGAGGGGACAGGCUCUGCCUUGGGGUCCCCUCUGUCCUUGGGAAUUUAUUAAGUGCCGGGGGGGGUUCCUGUUACCCCAGACCCCUCCCCCAAUCUGCCUGAGGGGGGGCAGCUAGGGAUGUGGGGGUAUUUUAUAUGCCACUGUAUUUAUAUGCCCCCAGCCAAUAAACCAGUGGAGUCAAA